UAUGAUACCCAUAGAGGUCCUUGUGCAAAAUGUCCCAAUACACUGGUAGCUAGGGGCUAAUAUUGGCCCCAAAUUAGGGAACUACUAAUGUAAUCACAGAUGAGUAAGUGAGAAGCAGUUAGCUAAACAAAGGUCCCUGAUGACAAGGGUGGAGGGAGAGGUGGCACCGGGUUUGGUUGAGAAUGAAUCAGACCAUCCCACAGAAAGGGUGUUGCCAUCCUAAGAUGGACAAUUAAACACAGUAUAAAAAGCCCAGCAUCUCAGACACUUGGUACCCUGCAGGUCGCUUGAAUUUUCUUCCUGCUUGUUCCUUUGGUGAAUUAGGUUCACUGAAUUGUGCACCAAGAUGUCUCAACUCUUGACAAGCAUUACCACCAUCUUGGAUGUUUUCUAUCAAUAUUGUGGUGAAGACGAGGAGUGUGACACGAUGAGCCAAAGUGAACUGAAGAAAUUUCUGGAAAAUGAACUGCGCUUUAUUCUGAAGAAUCCAGAAGAUCCUGAUACUGUGGAUGUUAUCAUGCUUAAUAUGGAUCAAGAUCGGGAUAAGAGAGUGGACUUUCCUGAAUUCCUAUUGCUGAUAUUCAAGAUAACAAUGUCCUUCAACAAAGCCUUGAAGAGGAAAUACAUGCAAAGUAAAAAUAAUGGGGAGGAUGAGAAUGAAUCAGAAGAAGAGCAAGAAGAAGAAGAAGAAGGUAAAGGAUGGGACACAGAUUCCAGUAAUUCAACUUGGAAUAGUGAAAAAGAAUAUGGGACCUUCAGAACUGGUCAAUCGAAGAAAAAGCAGAAAGUCAGGCAUAGGGAGAGUGUGCAUAGAAGAGAAGAUUCUCAGGGCUUAGGAAAGAGAAAGAGCUCAGAGAAGAAACAUCACAGGACUGAGUCAAGCAAUACAGGAAGGAAUGAUGAAGAUGAAUAUAGAAUCAUUCCAAGAAAAUCUAAAGGAAAGAGGCAUAAUUCAGAGAAAAGCCCUUCCAAAAGACUUGGAAGAGAAGAAAGUGAAACAGACUCUGAGAAAUCAACUCAAAAGAGUGGGAAAAGAUAUAAAUCAAACAAAGCUCCAAAAAAAGGAUUUAAUACAGAAGAAAAUGAAUGUACAAAAAAGUGCCAUUUUGUGACUUUUGAAAGACAAAAGGGAAUUUACGACUUUUCGGGGUCUUCAAGAAAAGGGAAAGAUAGUGCCCUCCCUGAAUCUGGAUCAGAGUCAGAUUCAGGGUCUGGGAAACAGGGCUCAAGCUCAGGUCAAUCCUCCUCUCAGAGAAGACAGGGGUCCAGCUCAAGGAGGAAAUCAGACAGCUCUGGAGGGAAAGGACAUAGUUCUGGCUCCCAGCAGUCCUCCAGUUCUGGCAAGGAUGGGUCAGGAUCAGGGCGGUCAUCCAGCAGCCAUGGGCAUGGAUCCAGUUCAGGUGGCAAGUCAAGCAGUUCUGGAGGAAGAGGCCAUAGUUCCAGUUCCCAACAAUCCACCAGUUUGGGCCAACAUGGCUCACACUCUGGCUAUGGCUCUGACUCUGGCUCUGCCUCUGGCUCUGGAUCUGGAUCCGGUUCUGACUCAGGCUCUGAAUAUGUCUCAGAUCAUGGCUCAGGUCAGUCUUCAGGCUCUAGGCAAGGGGGCUCUAGAUCAGGGCAUUCUUCUAGCUCUGGGAAACAUGGUUCAAAGUCAGGGCAGUCAUCCUCUCACAGAAGACAGGGGUCCAGCUCAGGGAGGAAAUCAGACAGCUCUGGAGGGAAAGGACAUAGUUCUGGCUCCCAGCAGUCCUCCAGUUCUGGCAAGGAUGGGGCAGGAUCAGGGCGGUCAUCCAGCAGCCAUGGGCAUGGAUCCAGUUCAGGUGGCAAGUCAAGCAGUUCUGGAGGAAGAGGCCAUAGUUCCAGUUCCCAACAAUCCACCAGUUUGGGCCAACAUGGCUCACACUCUGGCUAUGGCUCUGACUCUGGCUCUGGCUCUGGCUCUGGAUCUGGUUCUGACUCAGGCUCUGAAUAUGGCUCAGAUUAUGGCUCAGGUCAGUCUUCAGGCUCUAGGCAAGGGGGCUCUAGAUCAGGUCAUUCUUCUAGCUCUGGGAAACAUGGUUCAAAGUCAGGGCAGUCAUCCUCUCACAGAAGACAGGGGUCCAGCUCAGGGAGGAAAUCGGACAGCUCUGGAGGGAAAGGACAUAGUUCUGGCUCCCAGCAGUCCUCCAGUUCUGGUAAGGAUGGGUCAGGAUCAGGGCAGUCAUCCAGCAGCCAUGGGCAUGGAACCAGUUCAGGUGGCAAAUCUAGCAGUUCUAAAGGACAAGGGCAGAAGUCCACUUCAGAAUGGUCCUCAUCUUUUGCCUCAGUAAGAUCCUCCUCAAUAGGAAGAACUAAAUCUCCUUCAAGAACAAAGUCAGGAAGCUCUGGAAGUAAAGGAGGUAGUUCCAGUUCCCAUCAGUCCUCCAGUUCUGUCAAGGAUAGGUCAGGAUCAGGACGGUCAUCAAGCAGCCAUGGGCAUGGAUCCAGUUCAAGUGGCAAGUCAAGCAGUUCAAGAGGAAGAGGCCAUAGUUCCAGUUCACAACAAUCCACCAGAUUGGGCCAACAUGGCUCACACUCUGGCUAUGGCUCUGACUCUGGCUCUGCCUCUGCCUCUGCCUCUGGCUCUGGCUCUGAAUCUGAUUUUGACUCAGACUCUGAAUAUGUCUCAGAUCAUGGCUCAGGUCAGUCUUCAGGCUCUAGGCAAAGGGGCUCUAGAUCAGGUCAUUCCUCUAGCUCUGGGAAACAUGGUUCAAAGUCAGGGCAGUCAUCCUCUCACAGAGGACAGGGGUCCAGCUCAGGAAGGAAAUCGGACAGCUCUGGAGGGAAAGGACAUAGUUCUGGCUCCCAGCAGUCCUCCAGUUCUGGCAAGGAUGGGUCAGGAUCAGGGCGGUCAUCCGGCAGCCAUGGGCAUGGAUCCAGUUCAGGUGGCAAGUCAAGCAGUUCUGGAGGAAGAGGCCAUAGUUCCAGUUCCCAACAAUCCACCAGUUUGGGCCAACAUGGCUCACACUCUGGCUAUGGCUCUGACUCUGGCUCUGGCUCUGGCUCUGGUUCUGAAUCAGGCUCUGAAUAUGUCUCAGAUCAUGGCUCAGGUCAGUCUUCAGGCUCUAGGCAAGGGGGCUCUAGAUCAGGUCAUUCUUCUAGCUCUGGGAAACAUGGUUCAAAGUCAGGGCAGUCAUCCUCUCACAGAGGACAGGGGUCCAGCUCAGGGAGGAAAUCAGACAGCUCUGGAGGGAAAGGACAUAGUUCUGGCUCCCAGCAGUCCUCCAGUUCUGGCAAGGAUGGGGCAGGAUCAGGGCGGUCAUCCAGCAGCCAUGGGCAUGGAUCCAGUUCAGGUGGCAAGUCAAGCAGUUCUGGAGGAAGAGGCCAUAGUUCCAGUUCCCAACAAUCCACCAGUUUGGGCCAACAUGGCUCACACUCUGGCUAUGGCUCUGACUCUGGCUCUGCCUCUGGCUCUGGAUCUGGAUCCGGUUCUGAAUCAGGCUCUGAAUAUGUCUCAGAUCAUGGCUCAGGUCAGUCUUCAGGCUCUAGGCAAGGGGGCUCUAGAUCAGGUCAUUCUUCUAGCUCUGGGAAACAUGGUUCAAAGUCAGGGCAGUCAUCCUCUCACAGAGGACAGGGGUCCAGCUCAGGGAGGAAAUCAGACAGCUCUGGAGGGAAAGGACAUAGUUCUGGCUCCCAGCAGUCCUCCAGUUCUGGCAAGGAUGGGGCAGGAUCAGGGCGGUCAUCCAGCAGCCAUGGGCAUGGAUCCAGUUCAGGUGGCAAAUCUAGCAGUUCUAAAGGACAAGGGCAGAAGUCCACUUCGGAAUGGUCCUCAUCUUUUGCCUCAGUAAGAUCCUCCUCAAUAGGAAGAACUAAAUCUCCUUCAAGAACAAAGUCAGGAAGCUCUGGAAGUAAAGGAGGUAGUUCCAGUUCCCAUCAGUCCUCCAGUUCUGUCAAGGAUGGGUCAGGAUCAGGACGGUCAUCAAGCAGCCAUGGGCAUGGAUCCAGUUCAAGUGGCAAGUCAAGCAGUUCUAGAGGAAGAGGCCAUAGUUCCAGUUCCCAACAAUCCACCAGUUUGGGCCAACAUGGCUCACACUCUGGCUAUGGCUCUGACUCUGGCUCUGCCUCUGGCUCUGGAUCUGAUUUUGACUCAGACUCUGAAUAUGUCUCAGAUCAUGGCUCAGCUCUGGGAAACAUGGUUCAAAGUCAGGGCAGUCAUCCUCUCACAGAAGACAGGGGUCCAGCUCAGGGAGGAAAUCAGACAGCUCUGGAGGGAAAGGACAUAGUUCUGGCUCCCAGCAGUCCUCCAGUUCUGGCAAGGAUGGGUCAGGAUCAGGGCGGUCAUCCAGCAGCCAUGGGCAUGGAUCCAGUUCAGGUGGCAAGUCAAGCAGUUCUGGAGGAAGAGGCCAUAGUUCCAGUUCCCAACAAUCCACCAGUUUGGGCCAACAUGGCUCACACUCUGGCUAUGGCUCUGACUCUGGCUCUGGCUCUGGCUCUGGAUCUGGUUCUGACUCAGGCUCUGAAUAUGGCUCAGAUUAUGGCUCAGGUCAGUCUUCAGGCUCUAGGCAAGGGGGCUCUAGAUCAGGUCAUUCUUCUAGCUCUGGGAAACAUGGUUCAAAGUCAGGGCAGUCAUCCUCUCACAGAAGACAGGGGUCCAGCUCAGGGAGGAAAUCGGACAGCUCUGGAGGGAAAGGACAUAGUUCUGGCUCCCAGCAGUCCUCCAGUUCUGGUAAGGAUGGAUCAGGAUCAGGGCGGUCAUCCAGCAGCCAUGGGCAUGGAACCAGUUCAGGUGGCAAAUCUAGCAGUUCUAAAGGACAAGGGCAGAAGUCCACUUCAGAAUGGUCCUCAUCUUUUGCCUCAGUAA